AUGCCAAUUGAGUGCCUUAUAUCCUUUGAUAAUAAUCCUCAAGGUGUUUACUAUGCUGGACAGGAGCUAUCCGGCAUUGUUGACCUCAGCGUCGACGCAACAAAGCGCAUUAAAGCAAUACACAUCACAGUUAGCGGCUAUGCAAAGAUACGCUGGAUAAAAAAGGGCUACCCACGCGAUAGUGAACGUGCUAUGUGUCGUGCUUAUCGUUCGUAUUUGUCGUCACGUUCGUAUGUGCUCGGCUCGUGUGCGAACAGUUCGUGUAUGGACUGGUCGGCCGGCGAUUAUUCGUAUACGUUUCACGUAAUACUGCCAGAGAAUCUGCCUACUUCGUUCGAUGGAAAAUAUGGGCAGAUUCAUUAUGAGAUUAUCACCACAAUCGAUCGGCCAGCCCGAUAUCCAAAAGUCUUCAAGUUGCCAUUUACGGUAAUACAACCGUUGGAUUUGAAUGUGGACACUAUUUAUAGGGUCCCCCUCGAAAUCCUCGAUCGCAAGCGCUUCUGGAGCUUUUGCUGCCCCACAGGCCCGUUAACUGUGAAAUUCUCCACACCCUAUUGCGGUUAUGCACCCGGCCAAAAAAUCCAUUUCGUCCUUUAUAUCAAUAAUGAAUCGUCCAUUGACAUUACCGACUGUGAAGUGAAGCUGAAACAGGAGGUUAGCUACGAAUCGCAUGAUCCACAACAUGAAUACCGUUAUGACAAACAUCUCAUCGCACGCAAACAAUUCGGUAAUGUUCUGCGUUGGAGCCGUAAAGUGUAUCGUGGUUUUCUUAGUUUACCUUCCAUACCGCCGUCAUCACUGAAAAUCGCUUGUCCUAUCAACAUCACGUAUCUGAUAAAAGUCAUUAUUAAACCAACUGACUUUCAUUGGAAAAUGAAAUUGAAAAUACCCUUAACCAUUGGUAGUAUACCGAUUAUAGAUAGCAUGGCAGCAGCUGCAGGAUUGCCAAGCUUAUUAGAAACACAAUAUGCGGUGAGUCGUGGCUAUUAUAGCGGGCGAAGACUGCAGGACAUAGCAGCGUUACGACAAAAUGUAAGCGAAAAUGAGCAACAUUUUGCUGGUGGUGAAGAUGGAGCAGGUGAAAGCGGUGAUCAGCAAAUGAAUGCGGAUAUGGCAAGUGGAGCGAACGGUGAACAAACAGUACCAACACUGCUAAUAACCGAUGGUGACAAUCCGCCCGACUAUAAGCUUAUGAUGCCACCUUCCUACGAGGAUGCCAUGGCGUUAAGUGAUAAAUUCUGUGAUGACAGCGAAUACUUGCAAAAUGUCAGCCUAAGUAGUAUUGUCUCCAAUGGCACGACAGAGUCGUUUAAGCCACGUUACCCCGUCUACUAUGAAUACGAAACGCCAAUCAUACCGCCCGAAACACUCUACGAUGAAUCACCCUCGCAGCUGCGUAUCGAACUACAGACAUCGGAUUCAUCAGAGGCAUCACAUCAACCGCUUAGUGCCGCCAGUUUCAAUGUUUUUCGUAAAGAGAAGAAAUAA